UCUCAAGUGCCGCCAAAAAUCAUCUUCCUGGCUUUUCAGCUAUUCGAAUUGGAAGUAAUUUUUCUCUCUUCCACUGAAAACAUGCCUUAUUACGACGAAGGAGAGUCGACCAGCAGCGUAAGUACAAUACCAGAAGAGAUAAAAUUUACUGAAUGGCUCAUUUUAGGGGCAAAUUUACCGGAAUUGAACUUAGAGUCAGCUGAUUCCACGAGUAAAUGUUCUCAAGUCACGGAAAUUCUUUCGCGCAUGCAAACUAGGCCAUGAGCAUUUCAACUGAAUGUUUUCCUGGGCACUUCUAUUGAUUUAAGUCUUUCAAUUUUUUCAGUCCUAACCCCGUAAAAAAUGGUUAAUUUUGAUUGAGACUAUAAUCCACAAGAAGCUGGACAAAGCUUUGACAGGCUAAGAAGCUAAGAAACUCUUUGUUUAUAUCAAAAGUGAAACAGUUAACUUCCGUACGCGCACUUUUGCCUUUUAUAACUUUAGUAAUAGAAAAUUCGGUCGUGUUAAAAUCGUAACCGCAAACCGGGGAAUUUAUGGUUAGUGGUUGUGAAUGGAUUCCUGCAUUUGGCUAUUGAAUUUGAGCUAAGACUAUGGUAAUUGUGAGAAAAAGCUCCCCCCACCGACAGACCACCGACAAGUAAGUAAAGGGUUAGCGACAGGUGGUAAAAUAAGGAAAAUCAAGAAUGGAACUUUUGGGGAUUUGGCAAACCAUUUUGUCUCUCGGCAAGCUUAAAUGGAGUCAUUAGACACCAUAUUUACAUUUUACAAAACUGACUAAAACAUACAUGGGCCUUUUGAAGAAUAUUACUACCGUGGAAAUGACUUGGGAAACUUUACCAGAAUUCUGCCUGAGGGUCCUCAAAAGAUGGCAAAUGGCGUAUGGAAAGUAUAAAGUAUGUUAGCAGACCAAUGUCUUUUCCUUUUAUCUCAGAUUCCCCAAUCAUUCAUUCUUGUGGGCUACCAGCAUUCUCCAGAAGCACCAGGAUUGGUACUCAUCCCAAAAGAGCUGGCCGCUUUAUUUAGGCAAAGUAGUUAAACAUCUGUCAUGAUCUGAAUUAGAUAUUAACCUUUGCCAGCAUUUAUUUUUUCUGCCUGGUUUUUGAAAAUCUCUGGAGAACACUGAGUUAUGUGGAGACCAAAUAGUUAGCACAUUGGACUCCAGGCUGAGCACAGUAUGAGUAUGACAAUGAUGAUCAUGAUAACAAAUUUAUUACUCCGGCCCAGGCCCUAUGGGCCUGGGCCAGGAGUUAUAAAUUCGGCUCGAUUUGUAGUUUUCGACACAAAUCUGCAUUCUUGCGCAAUAUUGUGACGUAAUCCCAGUGCGCUUUGCAGGCGAGCUUUUCCAUUUGACAGGCUCGUGUUUCUGUAUCGUGCUCAAGCUCACGUUUGUUCAAUUCGUUCAAUUCGCUCAAGCUCACGUUUGUUCAAUAAAAGGCACUGGAUGUAGCUGUUCAUUCCUGGCUAAAGGUAAGCUGUCUUGUGUAUUCUUUGUUAUUUUGAGUUGUGCUGUAGCUUUUUUCCAAACACUGCAACAUUCUCUCACCGUCGAAAACAAAUAAAGGUUGAAUGCCAAUGAAUGCCUUGAUACCUUGAAUGCUAAACUUACGAAAGUACACUGAAUGCCUGAACAAGAAUCGGGAUUAAGCUUAAACUAAAAUGCACUACUUAGAACCUGAAUGCCAGAAUUCCUAUGUAAACAACUUAGAAGUGAAUAAUGGCCGUAAUUGUUGUUGCCCAGAGUCUACAUUUACAUCUGUACCUUGACUGUCGUCUUGUUAUUCCAAUAACCAAAAUGAUUUACUACCAUAAACGGACUGUCACUAGAUUAUGACAUUUAAUAACAACCAUUCCUCAAUCACAACAUUUUAUUUUAUUUCAGGUCAUACAGCAUCUCUUCAAAUGGCAGGAGCCAAAACCCAAGCCAACAGAACAAGACAUAGUAAAUCUACUAAGCACUAAGUUCACACUGAGAGUGGAUCUCGACCGAAAAAUAUUGGAACACGCUGCACCAGCAGACACCGACACUCACCCUGAGCCAGAAGAAGAAGAAUCAAACUCCAAAAAAGUUAAAACAGCUUAAGUAACUUGAUUUAGAACAGUGGUCUUGAUUUUAUUCUCUUAACACAGACACAAGAUCAUCUAAUAACAUGUUUGAAUAUCAAAGUACUUGGUUAAUGUAAAGUAUUUCGUUAAUGCCUUACCAAAUUGUUAUCACAUUUUAUUUGUUGUUUUACGAGAGAUUCAUACAUUUAUAAAAUGAAAAAAAAGUCCGUUGAAAUAGCAAUUCCAGCCUUCUGAGAGAAAUUUCCAGUCAAAACACCAUCAUCACCCACCCCCAACUGGGGCUCAACGAAGGGAUGCCCCAUCCCUUUGCGAAGGUUCAAAACUUGCUGAUACACCCCCCUUUUCCUCCACCGCACCCCCAAUACUUUUUUACAAGUCCCUAAAGACCCAACAGGAAAAAAAACCCUCAAAUUCCAACACAAAUCUGAUAAUACUCCAACAGCUCAUUGUUUAUUGUCAUAUAUACACACAUUGUUUAAGAAUCAAUCCCCCCCCCACCCAAACAUCCACCCCUAAAAUGGCCGAAGUGAACGCUCAACAGGCGUCUUGUUUCAUGAAAGUUUCAGUCUUGUAAACUUUGAAAUAGAGCAGAAAUGAAUUGAGUUUGCACAAUUUCACUGUAGUGCAGUAGAUCACAGCAACCAAACUGCACAAGAACCAAUCAAAUCUUGGAAACAGUAGCCUUAUCCUAGAACUGUACAUCACUUAAUAUCCACUGAUCAAAAAUCUGUUGAACUCCAGAAGAGUCCAAGCUGUCCCAAUGCAUUACAAGCAAUCAAUGAAUUAAUAUUAAGUAAUGAAUUUCCAGAAAACUGCUGUCAUUAAGCUUUUUAGUCGAGGAGCAGUUGAUGUUAAAAAAAUGGAUUGAAAAUAUUUAAGUCUCUCUCAAACUCAUCAUAGACUACCUUCAAACUUCAAGUUAGAACAGCUGACAUGAAUGAAACUGAACAAAAAAUUUAUGGGGUGGAGACUAAAAUUCAUUUCUUUGUUAUCCACUGAAUGUUUUAUUGAAAUAGGGGCCUUCCACUUGCUGUGGAAAUUUUUUUUUAGAAUAACGUUGUGAAAUUAGAAGUUAAUUGUCUUCCAUUUAUGCAAUACAUCUUUACUUAUCUUAGUACACACCAAUCAACUUCUAUGAUUAUUAAUAACAGUCACAGGCCUGUUUGACUUGACCUGUGGAUCAGAUAAAGCUGCAUUUCAGUCACCAUUUAUGGAGCUAGGACAAAGCCCUGAAGGAUGUUCCUCGUUUAUGUUCCCUAGGAUAAUGGGACCUGCAAAGGUACAUUGACUUGCCUCUAAUUUCUGUUGAAACCUUUUUAUAACAUGAGUUAAAGAGCAUAUUUCAAGUUAUUGUCAUAAUUUGUGAAAUUACAACACAAAUUCUUAAUCUUCUUUAGUCCAAUGAAAUGUUGCUUGCUGGAUGCAAACUGACAGCAGUUGAAGCAAGAGACUGUGGAUUGGUUACAGAUGUUUUCUCCCAUGACAAGUUCACAGAAGAAGUUCAGAACAGAAUACAAGCAAAGGCCAAGCUACCCCCCAGGUAGAAAAUUGAAUUGUAGAGUUUUACAGCAGGGCACCCUCUACAAUGGAGUCGCUAUAACAUUUGGAGACAGGCUUGUCAAAGGAGGAGGAGUUGGGGAAGGGGUCUAUUUGUAAUGUCUUAGGGAUAUUCUCAGCCAUAUGGCUUCUGUCAAUAAAUUGCUGAAAGAAGCCCAAGAGUAAAACUUCUGUUUUCUUUCAUAUAUUCCUUUCAGCCUGAAAAGAAUAAAAGGUAUCCUGCCUUACUCAAGUUUUAUUGCAACAUAUAAUCGUAGUGAUGAAUACAGGAGUGGGGUUUCCCAUAUUUUAUUUAUCAAUUCUAAUUUUUAUCAUGAUCAUUUAUAUUUAACUGUAGACAAUAGGGGUUUUGAGUGAAGUGUUAUUUUAGACGACCAAUAAAUGUUUUGUACUAUCAUUCAAUAAGUGUUCCUUUUUUUUAUUUUGUUCACUUAACAGUCUUUGUUGUUGUCCAAGCAGUUAAUAUGUGAUUCAUUCCAUGAUUUGUUACAUGGUGCCAACAAAAAGGAGUGUGCUUUACUUGAAGAACACUGGCUUUCAUGAGAGUGUAUGCAGGUGAUUAUGGCUUUCAUGCAGAGAAAGUCCAAAUUGUAGCCCAGCUUUCAUUUCCUUGCCACAUUGUAAUUAGGGCUUUAUCAAACUCAACCACAAUGAGCUGCAAAGGUUAAAGUUUUGGUGUUACUUUCAAUCACCCAAUCAAGUAGUCUUACUUGCAGCUGAUUUUUUCUUGAGGAAGGGAAUGGGGGGAUGUCACUGAAGCAAAACGGCUGUGAAGGAGAUCACUCAAGUGGCCGCAAAACCAUCAAACUGUCACGUGAUAGAAGGGUGGGAUGUUCGUCACAUUGGCUGAUCAAUGUUAAGAAUUUUUUAAAUGUUAAAUUCACUCUUUGCCAAUUAUUCAAUUGUUAAUUGGUCUAUAGUUAUUAAUCUUAUUUUACUGGUAG